CCGGCUCCCGGAAGCGGCCGCCGCGGCGUGGAGCCGAGCGGGCGUCGAUUCCCGGAGCGGCAAUGCGCGGCGGCCGGAGCCUGUGACCUGAGCACGGCGGCCCGGUGGGGGCCGCGGAAUGGCGGCUCGUUGAGGAGGCGGCGGCGUCUCCGGCCCUUCGGGCGCGGCGCGGCGUGUCGGCGGCCGGGGUGAUGCUGCUCAAGCUCUUGCAAAGACAGACCUAUACCUGCCUGUCCCACAGGUAUGGGCUCUACGUCUGUUUCGUGGGCGUCGUUGUCACCAUCGUCUCGGCCUUCCAGUUCGGAGAGGUGGUUCUGGAAUGGAGCCGGGAUCAAUACCAUGUUUUGUUUGAUUCCUACAGAGACAAUAUUGCUGGGAAGUCCUUUCAGAAUCGGCUCUGUCUGCCCAUGCCGAUCGACGUGGUUUACACCUGGGUGAAUGGUACAGAUCUUGAACUACUGAAGGAACUGCAGCAAGUCAGAGAACAGAUGGAGGAGGAACAGAAAGCAAUGAGAGAAAUCCUUGGGAAGAACACAACGGAACCAACUAAGAAGAGUGAGAAGCAGUUGGAGUGUUUGCUGACACACUGCAUUAAGGUGCCAAUGCUCGUCCUGGACCCAGCUCUGCCGACCAACAUCACACUGAAGGACCUGCCAUCUCUUUAUCCUUCUUUUCAUUCUGCCAGUGACAUAUUCAACGUUGCAAAACCAAAAAACCCUUCCACUAAUGUCUCAGUUGUUGUUUUCGACAGUACAAAGAAUGUUGAAGAUGCCCACAUUGGAAUUUUUAAAGGAAACAGCAGACAGACAGUUUGGAGGGGCUAUUUGACAACAGAUAAGGAAGUCCCUGGGUUAGUGCUAAUGCAAGAUUUGGCUUUCCUGAGUGGAUUUCCACCUACAUUCAAGGAAACAAAUCAACUGAAAACAAAAUUGCCAGAAAAUCUUUCUUCUAAAAUAAAACUGUUGCAGUUGUAUUCAGAGGCCAGCGUAGCACUUCUAAAGUUGAAUAACCCCAAAGAUUUCCAAGAACUGAAUAAGCAGACGAAGAAGAAUAUGACCAUUAAUGGAAAGGAACUGACCAUAAGUCCUGCAUAUUUAUUAUGGGAUCUGAGUGCCAUCAGCCAGUCUAAGCAGGAUGAAGACGUUUCUGCCAGCCGUUUUGAAGAUAAUGAAGAGCUGAGGUACUCACUGCGAUCUAUCGAGAGGCACGCGCCGUGGGUUCGGAAUAUUUUCAUUGUCACCAAUGGACAGAUCCCAUCCUGGCUGAACCUCGAUAAUCCUCGAGUGACAAUAGUCACACACCAGGAUGUUUUUCGAAAUCUGAGCCACUUGCCUACCUUCAGUUCACCUGCUAUUGAAAGUCAUAUCCAUCGCAUUGAAGGGCUGUCCCAGAAGUUCAUUUACCUGAAUGAUGAUGUCAUGUUUGGAAAGGAUGUCUGGCCGGAUGAUUUUUACAGUCACUCCAAAGGUCAGAAGGUUUAUUUGACAUGGCCUGUGCCAAACUGUGCUGAGGGCUGCCCGGGAUCCUGGAUUAAAGACGGCUAUUGUGACAAGGCUUGUAAUAAUUCGGCCUGUGAUUGGGAUGGCGGUGAUUGCUCCGGUGAGGGUAACAGUGGUGCGGGUCGCUAUGCAGGAGGAGGUGGGGGCACCGGGGGCAUUGGAGUCGGACAGCCCUGGCAUUUCGGUGGAGGAAUAAGCGGCGUCUCUUACUGUAAUCAAGGAUGUGCAAAUUCCUGGCUCGCUGAUAAGUUCUGUGACCAAGCCUGCAAUGUCUUAUCCUGUGGGUUUGAUGCUGGUGACUGUGGGCAAGAUCAUUUUCAUGAAUUGUAUAAAGUAACUCUUCUCCCAAACCAGACUCACUAUGUUAUUCCAAAAGGUGAAUGCCUGCCUUAUUUCAGCUUCGCAGAAAUAGCCAAAAGGGGAGUCGAAGGCACCUAUAGUGACAACCCAAUAAUCCGACAUGCUUCUAUCGCCAAUAAGUGGAAAACCAUCCACCUCUUAAUGCACAGUGGAAUGAAUGCGACCACAAUACAUUUUAAUCUCACGUUUCAAAGUACAAAUGAUGAAGAGUUCAGAAUCCAGAUAGCAGUAGAGGUUGACACAAGGGAGGAGCCCAAACGGAAUUCUACGACCCAGAAGUCUUACCAAAGUUUGGUUAGCCCCUCAGCACUUCUUCCAGAGGUGGAAAUCCUGUUUGAGGAUAUCCCCGAAGAAAAACGCUUCCCCAAGGUCAAAAGACAUGAUGUUAACACAACAGGAAGAUUCCAAAUGGAGGUGCAAAUUCCGCUGGUCAAUAUUUCACUCCUUCCAAAAGAGACCCAGUUGAGCCUUAAUAACUUGGAUUUGCAGCUAGAACACGGAGACAUCACCAUGAAAGGAUACAAUCUGUCCAAGUCAGCCCUGCUGAGGUCGUUUCUGAUGAACCCACAGGAUGCAAAGUUAACAAUAAAUCACCCUCUAAUGACAGAGCAAAGAAAUGACAGUUUGGAGGCCCCACUGGAAAAACAGGUUCACAAAAGCAUCUUACCCAGCAGUUUAGGAACAUCUGAAAGAUUCCAGGGGUUAUUGCCUUUUCCAGCAGUGACAAUGACAGUGAAUGGCCACUCCCAGAGCCAGACUCCACCCCUGGACUUAGAAACCAAAGCAAGAUUCAGGUCCAAAGCUGUGACCCCAAAAGUAGGAGGUGGAGGUGUGUCAAAAGAAAAGCUCUCAUCUCUGAUUUUCCCACUGGAAAACAGGGAGACAGAAAAGGUAAUCACAGGGAAAGAACAAGAGAAGAACAGAAUGGAGGAAAACGCUAACAGUUACCUAGGUGGUAAUGAAGUAUUACCUGGAAGAAAACUGCAACAUUACACAGAGAGUUACCUGGGCUUUUUGCCAUGGGAGAAGAAAAAGUAUUUCCAAGAUCUUCUUGAUGAAGAAGAGUCACUGAAGACACAACUGGCAUACUUUACUGACAGCAAACACACAGGGAGGCAACUAAAAGAUACGUUUGCAGAUUCCCUCCGAUAUGUAAACAAAAUUCUAAAUAGCAAGUUUGGAUUCACGUCUCGGAAAGUCCCUGCACACAUGCCUCACAUGAUCGACCGAACAGUUAUGCAGGAACUGCAAGACAUGUUCCCUGAAGAAUUUGACAAGACAUCAUUUCACAAAGUGCGCCACUCUGAGGACAUGCAGUUUGCCUUCUCUUAUUUUUAUUAUCUCAUGAGUGCAGUUCAGCCACUGAACGUAUCUCAAGUUUUUGAUGAAGUUGACACAGACCAAUCUGGUGUCUUAUCUGACAGAGAAAUCCGCACGCUGGCUACCAGAAUUCAUGACCUGCCUUUAAGUUUGCAGGACUUAACAGGUCUGGAACAUGUGUUAAUAAAUUGUUCGAAAAUGCUUCCUGCUAAUAUCACUCAGCUAAACAACAUCCCACCAACUCAGGAAGCGUACUAUGAUCCCAAUCUGCCACCAGUCACUAAAAGUCUAGUAACCAACUGUAAACCAGUAACUGAUAAAAUCCACAAAGCGUAUAAGGACAAAAACAAAUACAGAUUUGAAAUCAUGGGAGAAGAAGAAAUUGCUUUUAAGAUGAUUCGUACCAAUGUUUCUCAUGUGGUUGGCCAGUUGGAUGAUAUAAGAAAAAACCCCAGGAAGUUUGUUUGCCUGAAUGACAACAUCGACCACAAUCAUAAAGAUGCCCAGACAGUGAAGGCUGUUCUCAGGGACUUCUAUGAAUCCGUGUUCCCCAUCCCAUCCCAGUUUGAGCUGCCAAGGGAGUAUCGAAACCGUUUCCUUCAUAUGCAUGAGCUGCAGGAAUGGAGGGUGUAUCGAGACAAAUUGAAGUUUUGGACUCAUUGUGUGCUAGCAACAUUGAUUAUGUUUACUGUAUUCUCUUUUUUUGCUGAACAGUUAAUUGCACUUAAGCGGAAGAUAUUUCCCAGAAGGAGGAUACACAAAGAAGCUAGUCCUGAUCGAAUCAAGGUAUAAAAGAUCUUCAUCUGAAAAUCUACCUCAGCUUUCACUGAACAUUUUAAAACUCGACAUCAGAGAUGUCUUCGUGAUGUAAUGCUUAGCCAGCUUGGCCUGAAGAAGGAAAAACAUGCAGUAUAAUAACUUGUUUUCUGGAAUGAAUAUAGCCUACUGACCAGGAAUUGCUUAACCAACACACGGAAAAUUUGUGUUGAGCAGCUCUGGUUUUACUUUUAAAGCAUUUGCUCAUGGACCGGUGUUUCUUUUAAUGAAAAGCCUCACUGAUGAGAGACAGCAAUGGUUGCUAUGGGAACUGAGCAGCUAACUAAUAUGAGAAGCCUAAGCCAGCUCGAGUGCUUUUGCUAAGAGUCCCCAGUCUUUUGCAUUCCAAAGCUUUUUGCUGUGGUUUUACAUUUUGGGGUUUUUUUGUUUGUUUCUUUUUUCCAUUUCUCAUUUUUAAAGUAAGUAGAUACUAAGUUAACUAAGUUAUCCUUGCUUUUGAAAACAAUGAAUUGGGAUGUGUAAACAUGUUUUUAUAGAUGUUAUUUAACUAAUGCAGCAAUAUCACAUCCUAUUGGCAAUAUCUAAAUUAUGGAUUUUAUUAACAUUUAAAACAAUGUGAUCUUAACCCACUUACCAUUAUUUAUGAGCUCAGUGACUGACAUCUGAUACUAUGUGCUUGUUUUCUUCAGCCCCCAAGAAUACUGUGAUUUCAUGUGGAGGCCUGAUUACAAAGGGCUAGAGUUAGUAGCUGAGCUACUUGCCAGAUGUAAUUAUGUUUUGAAGAUGUACAUAUUCAAAAAGAAGUGCCUCAUUUUAGAAAUGAGUAGUGCUGAUGGUAGUGGCCCACAACAGUGGUAUCUUCUUUAAUACUCACCAGUAUAUUCCAGUAGCUGGCUCUCAAUUAGUUUCACGUCAUGAAGGAUCAGGAAACUUUUUCUGUAAAAAGCCACAUGGUAAAUAUUUGCAGGCCACAUGUGUCUAUGUUGCAUAUUCUUUGUUUACUUUAGCUUUUGUUUUUAACAAUCCUUUAAAGAUGUCAAAACCAUGUCUAACUCGCAGCUGUACAAAAACAGGCCACCAGCUGGAUUUGGGCCAUAGGCCAUGGUUUGCUGACCACUGGGAUAGAGAAUUCGUAUUUUUAUGUGUGGGUAAGCCCUGAUGUUCAGCCAUGUUUUAUUUAUGUCAUUGUACUGUGGAUUUUAUGUGUCCUUUUUGAACUCUGACAGGUAUUUUAGAUCAUGAUCUUAACAGUAUUCUUUCAAAAUGGCAUACAUAUUUUGUAAAAAUAACUUGUAAAUAACUGUGUGCUGUAAGAGUUAUGUAUUUCAAAAAUUGAAGUCUCGUAAAAACUUAAAUUUUAUCUGCUGCUUUGAUUUUUAAUCUUUGAGGAGUGAGUUCGUUAUCCAGAUUCAGAAAUCAUUUGAGUGCUUACAUGGCAUGUCAGGAUCUGUCCGUAACACAACUGAAAUUAAGUGGAAAGCAGUGUAAGGAGAGGGUGGUUGGUAGUAUACAACCUGGAGAAUGUCAUUAUAUGGGGGAAAAUAAGUUCUAAAUGGGAUUUAUGUGGUAAAAAUUUAGGGGUUGUCUGGGUAUCUUUCUUAACGUGAAGAAUUCUAGAAAAGUUAGAGAAAUGAAUAUUUGGGUGUGAUGGAGAUUUCUGGUCAGGUGAAUAUAACCCACACCUUAUUCAGAGCUUAAUAGAUAAUGAGAUGGAUAACAGAAUCAGAAUAUUCAUAGAAUCAUUUAUCUAAUGAUUCAGUAGAAUCAUUAGAACAAAAGAACCUCAGAAGUUGAGUCGUCAAAUGGUCUUCAAGAAUUUUAAAGCCUCAGAACCAAUAGUCCAAAUGAAAUCCUCUGGAAGACCAGUAUGUAACACAGAAGAGGGAAAGCUGCUCAUCCUACCUGACCCCAAGGCGGUGCCUCCAAAACUCCCAGGCUUCACAGGCAGAGUGUCAAAGCCCCACAUCUUGUAUGUUAUCAUCGAGGACACGAGGGCCAGGAAGAUUACGUGACUUGUCCAAGGUCUCACAGCCAGUUGGGAGCAGAGGUGGGCUGGAGCCCAGCUUGUCUCUUUCUCUAGUCCCCUCCAGGCCAUGCCGCCUCCCCAGGACACAGUGGCAUGUGCGGGUGAAAAGCACACUCUCUGCGGUCCGACUCACAGGGUUCGAGUCCUCGCUCCUAGACACUGAUUGCCAAGAUUCAGCUUUCUCUUCUAAAACGUAGGAGGCAAUACUGGUGUCUGCCUACCUCAUAGGCUUCUGGAGAGGACGGAAGAAAUGACAUAUGCAACAUACCCAGCACAGUGCCUGGCAAAUACUCCUGCCUGAUAAAUGUCAGUGGUGAGGAUGAUAGUGAGGAAAGUAUGUAAAGGAUUGUUAUCCAGGUCAGGGGUGAGGUUUCCAGUGUAGUCUUUAGGGUGGAAUUAUUACAUUGCCCUUAGCUAAGAAAGUGACACAUUUUCUAAUUAAAAAUAUUUUUUGCCUA